GACUGCUAAGGACGUAGACAACUGGGCGAGGAUGGCUCACGCCGCCUUCUGCAGAAUCAUGUCCGAGUACACCGCCUUUGAAAGCGACGUGAACACAGAAGCAUGGAAAGCUGCUGAGAAGGAGGUGCGGUCGGUUGUGAGGGAAGACGCCUUAGUAGACUUUGAUCCAUCCAGAGAUGUUGUGACCAUCGCCGGCAGAGCCGAUGACAUCAAGAAGAUCCGAGCUCCUGUAGAAAACAUCAUCCGGAAAUUGAUGAGUCAUGUUCAACGACAGACAAAAAGCAUAACUGAGCUACUUGAAUUUUCCCCGGCUUAUUUUGCCAUCCUGAAGAAAGAAGGGCUGCAGAAAGCUGCCUCUGACAUCUCCCCAGAGUUGAAGGUCUUGUUCAAUGAAGGCACCGGGAAGCUGAGCCUUACAGGACUUCCUGAAGAAGUCUACAAAACCAAGUCCUGGAUCUUGGAGAGAAAUAUGAGCAUGAGAAGAAAACAGCUAAAUCUCCCUCCGAGUCUUCUGGAUUACCUCCGGAGUGUGGACUCCACGGACAUGUCGAUGAACCUGUUCACUUCACAAGGCAUCAGUGCCGUCUACUGCAUCGACUCCAAAGGCGUUUCUUUAGUGGGAAGCUCUGACAGAGCCCUGGCCGAUGCUGAGAGUAAGAUGAAGAAAGAUCUGUUGGUGCAGACUUUGGAUGUGCCGGACCAGGGAGUUCUGAGCCAGCAAAAAUGGAUGGACCUGAACAGAGACCUCCUAGACACCUACAACUUCUCCAACAAGAAGACUGUGUUUAUAUGGAUCCACCCGGAGAGAAGGGACAAAGUAACGGUGGUUGGCUUCAGCAAUCCUGUCAAAGAAGUCAGCGUCACUCUCAGGCAGUUCAUUGAAGACUACUCACAGGUUCGCGAGACAGUCCGCGUCGAGUCCUGCGCUGUUGCUCAGUUCAUACAGAAGAAUAAACAGGACAUUUGGUCAAGAAUCGCCAGCGACAACAAGGUGUUAGUGAUAUUUGAUCCAGUAAGACCAAAGAUCACCAUCAGUGGAGCUCGCAUAUAUGCCCAAAAGGCUAAAUCUCAUUUUCAGGAACUGGCCACUACUCUCUUUGCUGACACCUUAACCGUGGACAAACCUGGAGCCAAGAAGUAUUUCCAGUCCCAAGGAAGCAUGUUCCUCGUUUCGUUAAUGGCAGACUUCAGCUGUGUGGUGAUGCUUCAGUCUGAUGUUCAGGAUGAUGAAGAGGAGGAGGAGGAAGGGAGCCUUGAAGGAGAGACUGGCUGUUGUUACUGCAAGGUGCAAACAGCCGGUGGAGUUCUUAUUUCUGUCAGCAGGGCGGAUAUCUGCGGCCUUAAUGUGGACGCGGUGGUCAACGCAGCUAACGAGGACCUGCAGCACAUCGGUGGUUUGGCUUUGGCGCUGCUGAAAGCUGCUGGACCAAAGCUGCAGAUGAUCAGCGAUGACUAUGUGUCUAAAAACGGGAAGCUACGCGCAGGAGAUGCAAUUGUAACAGAGGCAUGCAGUCUGCCCUGCAAGUACGUCGUUCAUGCGGUUGGUCCGCGGUACUCUGAAUUUGACAAGAAGACAGCAAUAUUUCGUCUCAAAGGUGCAGUUAAAGAGAGCCUGAAACAAGCUGAGAUGGUUAAAUGCUCCACCGUAGCCAUGCCAGCAAUCAGCUCUGGUGUCUUUGGUUUUCCUGUGGACCUCUUCACCGAGACCAUCGCCAAGGCUGUGCGGGAAUACUGUGACAAUCCUAACCGUCCAGGGACUUUAACCGAGGUUCAGCUGGUGGACAACAAUGAUGCCACUGUCAGAGUGAUGGCAGCUGCUAUAAACAGGGAGUUCUCCGAUCUGGGACCCACCAUGACAGUUCCACAGCAGACAGGAGGGAAGAACAAAGGAGCUGCAGGCAGAUAUCAGAGGGGACGAGGGAAAUGUGCGCAGGCUCGUGGAGGAAGAGGAGGCGGAGGAGAUGGAGGUUAUCAGGAAAAUGAUCAGGCUAACUGGGGAGGUCAGAACUCCAGGUCACAGAACAGAAAUGGAGACCAUGGAGGGUCAAGACGGCUGGAGCAGAUCACACCCGGUGGUCUGAAGAUGGUUCUCUGCAUAGGAAACAUCCAGGACCAGACUACCGACGUCAUCGUGAACACGGUGGCCGAGAACAUGAACCUGAACCAGGGCGGCGUCGCCAAAGCCAUCUCUGAGGCGGCCGGAGAAAACCUGCAGAUGGCCAUCCUCACCGAGGCCGGUGUGAACACGCUGCGCUUCGGAGACGUGGUCGUCACCGACGGAUACAACCUGCAGUGUCAGAAGGUCUUCCAUGCCGCCUGCCCAUUCUGGGACAACGGAGGCGGCCGGGCGGAGAAGGAGUUAACAGACAUCAUCACUGACUGUCUGAAGGAGGCUGAGAAGCGUCAGAUGACCUCUCUGUCCUUCCCGGCCAUCGGAACUGGAAACCUGGGCUUCCCCAGAGAUGUGGUGUCCAGAGUUCUGCUGAAGGAGAUCCACUUGUUCAGCCGCAGGAGCUCCCCGCGCCAUCUGAGGGAGGUUCUGAUCGUGGUCCACCCCAGCGACAGCAGAACUGUGGAUUGCUUCACCAGAGAGUUCAGCGGUGAAACGGCGCCGAGGAGCAUCCAGCAUGAAGCAGAGGGUUCUACCAGGAGCGGGUCUGCAGCUCAGCAGCACCUUGGUCGAUCACAACAGAGCUCCGCGUCCUUCAGCACGGUCUCGUCUCCGUCGCUCGGCGUCUACCAGAUGCAGAUGGGUCAGCUCACCCUGGAGGUGUCGUCAGGUGACAUCACCAAGGAGGCCUGUGAUGUCAUCGUCAACUCGUCCAAUCAGAACUUCAGUCUUCAAGCAGGAGUUUCCAAGGCGAUCUUGGACAGCGCUGGGCCAGCAGUGGUGAUGGAGUGUGCACAGAUUGUGAGUUCUCCGGGUUACCAGCCUCGUGCAAUGAUCCUGACCUCAGGCGGCCGGCUUCCCUCCACAAACAUCAUCCACGUUGUUGGUCAGAAUGAUGCUUCAAGGGUUAAGGACAUAGUUCAGGGGGUCCUGAAGGUCUGCGAGGACAACAAGUUUAGCUCAGUCGCCUUCCCAGCUCUAGGAACAGGUCAGGGCGGUCUCAGCCCGUCGGCAGUGGCCGACGUAAUGGUUGGUGCAGUGGUGGACUUUGUGAGGAAGAAGCACUCACGGUUUGUUUGCCGGGUGAAGAUCCUAAUCUUCGAGGCAGCCAUGAUCACUGAAUUUCACAACAGUAUGAAGAAGAGGCAGGGAGAAGAGGUGGAGGAGAAGAGCAUCUUCAACAGAAUUAAAGAUUCAGUUACUUCACAUUUUGGAUUGGUGUCGGAGCAGCAGCGCGGUGCCGAUUUUGUUCUGGAGAGGCCUGAGUUUGAUCCUGCAGUGUUUCAACUGUGUGCUGACAACCAAAGGAAUUUGAACGUGGCUAAGAAGAGGCUCAACGAGCUUGUUCUGAUGGAGCAGGCCCAGAGAACCAUCAAGGACCCGUACCUGAACCACUUAACCCGGGAUGACAUGAACGAGCUGAAGGACCUGCAGAGGAAUCUGACAGUGAGCAUCCGUCUGGACAGAGGACAGGAAGACCAGGAGCCCAAGAUUCAACUGGAGGGUCUGACCCGAGACGUCCUGACAGCCGACCCCGACAUCAGGAACAUCAUCCGCAGGGUGGAGAGAAAUGAGAAUUUGAGGAACAAAGCUAUUUUAGUGAGUGGACUGGUGGAAUGGAUGUUCCAGCACCACAAUGGAUCCAUGGUGUCUUUUGACAUCCACACCAAUCUCCAGCUUGAAGAAGCAUUUGAGAAAAAACAAAACGUGAAGAUCAAAAUCAAAAGUGAAGUGUUUAACGCGGAUCCAGUGCGUAGAAGGGCCGUUUCCAAUAACGGAAAGAAACAGAUGGAGCUGAUGAGAAAAGACUUGAAAAGUGAGUGAAGCUGUACAUCCGGACACGAUCUGAGACAUGUUUGUGAAUUUACAUUAAAAGGGGAUAUAUUUCUGCUGUUGGUGUUAAAUUAUGAAAUAAUGCAAGUAUGGAUUUACAAACCUGUAGAUUAUUAUUGGAUUUAAAAAAUGAUAAAGGAGAUAAGAUAAAAGGGUUACAAAUGUAGAAAACGCUUUUGCUAUGGUGUCUUUGAAUUCAAUUCCAUUUCAAUAAAAUUUUAUUUAUAUAGCACCAAUGCACAACACGUUAUCAUUGCCAUUUCAGAGGCUUACAGGAUUGGUGUCCUACAUCUCCCAGGUGCUCUCCAAUCACUAGAGCACAGUUUGCUUACCGUUUACACCCAUG